GUUUCUAUUCAGUUCGCGUUACCAAAACACCUGUAGGCGCUCAGUAGGGGAGAUAUCGAUUACACGAGUUUGCGGAACCAUUUUUGAAUAAUUUUACAACCAAGUUUGUUUCACGCUGUGCUUUGACCUGACCUAAAGAGAGCAGCGAUAGGGCUGGUGUGCCGAAUAUGGGGCUUCUUGCGAGUCGGGAUGUGUUUUCGUGGCUGCUGGUGGCAUCUGUUUUCCAGGUGUCGAGUGUGCGUUUGGCGACGGCCAGUUACCUGUGCACUGCGUACCUGAACAUUUCCUAUACAAACCCUCAAACAAACCUAACCACCUGGUUUCGAGACGAGAUGGGGUUGUAUGGGCAAGACUCUCCCCAAACUUCUGUAGUGGGGAAUGUGUAUUUAGCCGAUCCGAUCUUCGGCUGUGAAGAUGACACCGUUUAUCGCCGACCGAACGACUCCAGGGGCUGGAUCGCCUUAAUCCGGCGCGGAAACGGAUGCACUUUCACCGAUAAAAUUAACGUCGCGGCCAUGAACGGAGCUGCCGCUGCUAUCAUUUUCAACGACUACGGGUCAGAAAACCGGGUCAUUCAGAUGUCCCACCCAGGCACGAGCAUCGUUGCGGUCAUGAUUGGUGACUUCCGUGGGAUGGAGCUGGUCCAGCUGCUAGAAAAGGGUGUGCCCGUUUCCAUAGCAAUAGAGGUUGGGAAACAGCACGGUCUCUGGAUGAGUCACUAUUCAGUGUUUUUCGUCUCUAUCUCCUUCUUCAUCGUUACUGCGGUGACUGUUGGAUACUUCAUCAUCUACUCCGCACGGAGACUGAACAGCCUCAGACAGCAAAACCGCAAGCAGAAAAAGUUGAAGGCUGAAGCAAAGAAGGCGAUUGGCCAGCUGCAGGUCCGCACACUGAGACAAGGGGAUCAGGAGACUGGCCCUGAUGCUGAUGCCUGUGCAGUGUGUAUUGAGUUGUAUAAACCAGGAGAUGUACUAACAGUUCUCACAUGCAAUCAUUUCUUCCAUAAAUCUUGCAUAGAGCCAUGGCUACUGGAGCACAGAACCUGCCCAAUGUGCAAGUGUGACAUUCUUAAAGCCCUUGGAGUUGAGAUGGAUGAAGAGGAGCAGCCACAGAUUUCAGUGCAAGAUUUCAGAUCUUUUUCUACCUCUGAGGAACUGCACAGUGAGACAGUGUCACAUACACACAGUGAGACUGCAUCCUCUGGAUAUGCAUCCAUGCAUGGAAAUGAGCACCUCGGCCCUGCUGAAGGCUCACAAAAUGGUGUGCAAGAGGAGCAGUUGGAUGUGUCGCCCCACUAUGAUAAUCUUGCCUUCGAGAGUGACGUUCACAGCCAGAGUGAAGUCAGGACCUGAGCAGCACAAGCAAACACUGAUACAAUGCACUCAUACAGAUGAAUGAAGGGUUUUUGAUUUGAGGACUUUAACAAAGAACCACUGAGCCCUUUACUGAUUAGUUUCUGACUAAGUGCCUAUAAAAAAAAAUUCUCUCUCUCUCUCUCUGUGUGUGUGUGUGUGUGUGUGUGUGUGUGUGUGUGUGUGUGUGUGUGUGUGUGUGUGUGAGUGACUCUUUUUCUCUGUGGGUGAUCACACUGAUUUCUGGGUCAAUCAGAGGUCACAUUUUAAUUGUGGGAAUUAUGAUUUCUGAUUCUGGGUGUAAUUCCCUUUGUAGUUUUGUUCAGGCUUUGAGGCUCUCGGCCUUCUAUAAGUGUAAUAAUGAGCAGCUGUGGAUACUCAGAGAGAGACACACAGUGCUCCACCUGCUGUAAAUCAGUGGACUUGCUGUACUUUCCCCCUCUUUUCGUAGCUUAAUAAAUUAUAUUGUUCCAGUUUUGAUGGAAAUUGUCAAUUUCAGAAGUAUUGUGCCUUACACACACUUAUGUAUGUGUGGAAAUAUAUAUAUAUCACUCACUGCAUAGACAUAAUAGGGAUGGUUUAAAGGGAAAAAGUUCUCUUGAUUUGAAUAUUUAAAUAAGUGAUGAAGUAUUUCCUUACUCUUUCAAAUAAAUAAGUCUGACAUUAAAAUUAACAUUGUAAAUAAAAUAUUUUAUGAAAUUG